CAAUUCCAUUCAGACAACCUUUCAUGUUUAAUAAUCCUAAAAUCUUCCCUGAAGCACAUACUACCUUACUGACUUGCUUAGUCUUCACUGCUGAAUUCGCACUCACCCAUGGCAGGAUCAACUUUAGAGAAUGAUAUACUCCAGGACAUCCUUGAAACGCGCCAAACGAUUUAUGUUGGGAUCUCUGGUUUCACCAUAUUGGUCUGGGACCACAUUAUCACCAGCGCAGAUGAGAUUGAAUUGAUAUGGAAACACCCUAAGAAGACCUUUAUAUACUUGUUUCUACUGAACCGAUAUCUUACUCCUCUCGUCUUCAUUGUUAACCUGGUUGCAUAUACCCUACCUUCAUGGGACCACACAAGUUGCCGCAAUUUUGUUCGAUAUGAAGGGGCCACCACAGCUAUAGGCAUUGAGAUAGCUGGGUUGAUGAUGCUGCUGCGCGUCAUUGCAAUAUAUAAACAUCAAUGGGCUGCCAUCGCGCCCGCGGUAUUUUUAAUGCUAGCUUGGAUUGUAGUGACUGCAUGGCUAUUGAGUUAUGGUGAACCCGUUCAUCACUUAUCGGACAACAUUCACUCUUGCAGCAUGGUGUUUAAUUCCGGCAGAAUUGCUUCGGCUUCAGCUUGGUUGCCUCUGCUCUACGACACGUAUGUCUUUGGGUUGACGUUGAACCGCACGCUUCCUUCGAUCCGCAAUAAAGAAGCGGGGCAUAUUAUCCGUACUCUUUUUGCAGAUGGGCUGCUGUACUACAGCGUCAUCUGCACCAUAAAUCUGAUAUUAACAGUCAUGAUUAUCAGAGCUCAACAAGGGGUGAAAAACAUCGCCGCACAGCUUGAACUUCUUCUCACAGUCACAAUGAUGUCAAGGAUUACUCUGAACCUCAAGAAGCAGGUGUUUCAUAAACCUGGUCACCGCCACUUACAGCCGGAAAGUGUUAUUAUGUCCACACGCAACAAUGAUACACACACACCCUCAGGUGAAGUUAUCGUGCUCAGCCGAUUGCGAUCACAUUCUGUCUCCUCCGCAGCGCGCGUCGAGUCGAGCAGCCAUGCGCGAUCUGGCUCGGCAAGUUCUGUUGUACCCCCUGUGCGAACCAUCACCUUCUCAGAGGAUGCAUCAAUCUCCCCUACUCGGCCUCGCUUAAGCACGAUAGAUUCUACUACCGAUAUUGAUCCAACUACCCUGAGUCGCAGUAGUGACAGUCCAGUUAGCGAACAUGUCGAUCGGCCUUCGGCCUCGAGUUCUGACCAGCGAAAUACUGCAGACAUUGUAUGAUUUACAUCGAUUCUCUACUUAGUCCGUUAUGACAGUUGUGUGUAUUAGUAAUUCUUCACGGAAUGCAAUGUACUUAUACUAA